UGGCCGUCCGGUAGAGACUGCGUCCUCCGUCUCGGCCCUCGCGCCUGCCGCCUCUGGCCCGGGACCCGCGCUGCCUCCGGUCCUCUCCCGUCCCGCCGAUCCUGGGCUCUGCGCGCCCCGCCGCGCGCCCUGGGCGUCCGGGCAGCUCCGGCACGACUGCAGCGCCCAGAUCCUCGCUCCUCCGCCCUGCGCCCGCCCGCGAUGUCCUCCAGCCGGGGCAGUUAGUCCUCCAGGAUGUUGGCGCCGGGGACGAGACGGCCGGCCGGGGACUGGGACCGCUGCCGGGUGGGAGAGAGGCUGAGCGCCGCCCUGGCCGGGCUGCAGGAGCUCCAGGUGCUACGCGACAAGCAGCAGGCGCUGGUGCGGGGCGCUCUCGCCCUGCAGCCCCCGCCGCCGCGGGCUACGGCCCGCGACCCCCGCAGCAAGGAGCACCGGCUGGAAGCCACGCUCGCGGCCCUCAAGGAACAGCUGUCCCGUUUAAGACGACAGGACGCCGGCCUUAAAACCCACCUGGAUCAGCUGGACCAGCAGAUCAGUGAGCUGCAGCUGGACGUCCAGAAGACGGCCACCGAGCCCCCGGACAGUGACAGCCGACCCAGCUCAGGCUUUUAUGACCUGAGUGACGGUGGCUCCUGCUCCCUGUCCACCUCUUGCACAUCUGUGUCCAAUGACUCCAUCUCCUCCUCCCUCAGCAGUUUGCUGCCGACGGGCCAGCCCACCAAGGCCAGGCUCGGAGUGGGUGACAACCGGCCCAAGUCGGCCGAUGAGACGACUGUGCAAGCUGCUUGCCUGCCUCCAAGGAGACCCUCCAUCAUGGAGGGUGGCCGACCCCAGGGCAGCCCACAGGGUGCAGGCAGGCCUUUGGGCAAGGUCAGGCCCAGGCCCGUUUCAACAGGUGACCUUGAAAGAGUCGUGACAGCUGACACAGAACUCCAGAAAGCCAACGCAGAUCCCCAGUCCAAUUCAGUCCUUUGCCAUGGCAUUAACAUUGAGUCCCCCAUGGUGGACCCCAAAUACCAGAGUGAUUUGGUAUCCAAGAGUGGCAAGGAAGUGUACCCUUACCCAAGUCCGCUGCACGCAGUGGCUUUGCAGAGUCCCCUCUUCGCUGUGACCAAGGAGACCGUAAAGACCGAUCGCAACUUGCCUCUUGGUAAACUCAUUCCUGGCACUUCGGGUCCAAACUUAAUCUGUACCAGACCUGUCUUCGAGGCUCGCCCAACAGGAACCUAUAUUCACAAGCUGCUGCAGCUGGCAAGGGGCCAAGGGAGGCCCUCAAGGGACAGUGUGGGUGAGCAGGGGUCUCUGAAGUAUGAGUCAUCUGCAUCCCAGCAGAGGCAUGGAGGACAGAGAAGGGAUGGUGAAGGUCAGCUUGAGAAGCUGGUGUGCUCUCCAGAGAGAAAAGAAAUGGACAGCGUGGUUCAGAGGGGGACCACGGAUGGAGACCACCUCAGGCAGCAGGGCUCUGUGUCCCUCGUGGAUACCCAACAACCCAUCAUCCUUCCAGAAGAAUUCAAACCCUCUAAUAGCUGUGUCCUUGGAAAGACCACUGUGGGCUUCCCUUGGCCAGCAUGUGAGCUGGACCCCUCUGCCUGCCCCCAGGCACAGCCACCUCACACUGCUGUUGACGGCUGGGAGGGCAGAGCCACCUUGGCCUCUGGGAAGGAGGAUAAUAUGAGCCCCUCCCAAGUCGCAGGACAGUUUGCCCGUGCCCAGUCAGUUGCCAGCGAAGCUUACCCAGUGAGGCUGAAAAUGGGCAACUCCAAGGUUAAGGCCAUGAAAAUCAAGAGAAGGACCAGUGAUAAGUUGCUGAGGUUUGGGAAGCAGCCGUCGCCGUUACCAGAGAGGCAAGGGGCUGUUCACGCCGUCCACUGGCUGCCCACCGAGUGGAAUCCUUCCCACAGGCCGCACGGGAGUGGAGGUCUCCGGAGGAGGCCAGCUUUUGCCCGGGAGGCCCCUGGCCGUUCUUGCUCUGAGUCCAGCCUCUACCCAGUGCCCUUCUUCGUCCCACUGGUGAUGGCCCGAAGGGAGGGUUACCGAGCGUCAGCUAAUGCCUUGUAUCCCUUUGAAGCAGCCCAUCUCAAUAUGGUGGCCAGCGGGGGCACCAGGAAGAAACAGCGCAAGUGCCAGUCCACCGUGGAGAUCUCAGCCAAGGCCCACCUGGCCAGCUUUCCUGCUAACCCUGGCCUGGGGCCCCCCAGGCUGGCAGUGAGGAGAGCAGGUGGCCUGCGGCUGGGGUGCACCAGGGGCAGGCCCAAGCCGCCCUGCCACGGCUCAUACGCCAGGAGUGAGUCAGAUCGCUCUGAGUUCUCCGCCGAGUGCGCGUCACUCUUCCACUCCACCAUCGUGGAGACCAGUGAGGAGGAGGUGAGUGACUACACGGCCAACCGUUUCGGGGACAAGGAGUCCAGUGACAGUGACUCGGAGGGCUGUGGCCAGAGCAGUGGGAGCAGCUUCUCACUGGACUGGGAGGUGGCUGGUGGAGGGGAGCUGAUGUGGCCUCCGGUGGCCCAGCAGCCACCAAGGGCUCAGGUGGCCUUGAAGCCGUCCCUCCCCUCAGUGCCCAAACUCUGCCGCAUCAAGGCCUCCAAAGCUCUGAAGAAAAAGAUCCGCAGGUUCCAGCCAGCUGCGCUGAAAGUGAUGACCAUGGUGUGAAGGCAAAUCAGGAAAACGGCCCAAGAGCCUCCACCCGGAUGCGGGUCCAUCCAGGCAGAACUAAAGUGACCCGUAUCCCAAAGAAAAAGACACUCUCCUAAUGAACUAUAAAUGGCCCUUGAUAAGCACAGAACAGGGGUGGGUGGAGGUUCCAUGCUAAUGACUGUAAAAAACAAGGCAUCUAGUAUUUUUCAGCUGUUUAAUAUACAAACAGGGGUUUUUGUGUAAUCUUGCCAAUUUGCUUUCUCUUCUGAAGUCACUCUUUGAAGGGGGUUCUCCCUAAAGGAGAUGAUAAAGCAAGCCCACAGAUUUUGUCUGUGCGUUUGGUGGAGUGUAUUUUUCCCCACCCAAAUGGAGACAUACAUUUAGAACUUUGAAAUUGCAGAAUUACAAGCUACCCAAGCCAUUACCUUAUUUCUUUUUUAAUACCUUCCAAGAUGGUACUUUUCAUGCCAGGCUUCUCAUUUUUCUGUUAUAAUGAGUGACAGUUGAUGUAUAUCUUUGUUCUGCUUACGCUGUGGGGAUGUGUUUCCCAAUCCUUUUAAACCACUCCUACCAAAAAGCUUUAUUUUUUAGAGACGGUUGCAAGACCUGGCUGGCAUUUAAACUCCUAUGUUAAGCUCUCAGCUUGAAUAAGCACCCAAAUUAUGCCAUAAUCUUCCCAAAUGAAAGGAAAAUGUUUUCUUCCUCCUUUGACUUCAUUCCUCUUGUUUUCUUCCUUGGUACAUAGUAGGUGCACAGUAAAUUCUCAUUCUUUCUCAUAACGUGGAUACAAUGUAACUUAACACUGAGGUGUGAAAAUGCAUUUCAAAUGAAUAGCGUGCACACUCUGGUUCCAGUACAAAUAAGUUGAGCAUAAAAGUGUUUUGAAAAAUAU